AUGAGAACCUUAAGAAGCUUCGAUGGCUUCCCUUUAAAUUUGAGCAACUUCUAUGGUGGCUGCGCUAUUCUUCUUCUUGUUGUUGUUGUUGUUACUUUAUUGUUUCUUCUGAACCGUAAGAGCAGAUCCCUGUUGGCGUCCUCUUUGAUCUCCGAUUCUAGCAAUUUAAACCCAAGGGUUUACAAUUGCAGAACCUCAAACACUGUCACUGAUGCUGAUUUGAAGUUUUUAAUGGAUGAAAUUCUAAAUCAGAACCAUAAAUGGGAGGAUGUCAUAGAUAAAACAAAUCAUCAUCUAUGCUACAAAGCUAAAUCCACCAAACCUAAGAAUGGUCCCCUGAAAUAUUGGAGUAUGACUGUGUUCAAUGAUAUUUCCGCCGAGAUGCUAAGAAACUUCUACAUGGACAAUCACUACAGAAAGCAAUGGGAUAACACUGUGGUCGAACACAAUCAGCUGCAGCUGGAUGAAUCUGAUGGUUCUGAAGUUGGUCGUACAGCUUGUGAUCACCCACUUCUUGUUAAAGAAUACAAUUCUGAUCCUGUUGAUGGUAGACGUUCAUCUGAGUCUAGCUAUCGUAUUGGAGAUAAUGGAACUUCAGGGGGGACAAAUUAG